AUGCCUACCCUCGGCUUUCUCAAGAAAAAACGGACGAGGGAGGGCAAUCAAGACUCUCAGGGCGCCAGCUUACCCACCAGCCCAGUGACGCCUACCUCUUCGAAGCCCUUCGACAGUUCUAUCUCGACCACUCUUUCCUCUCUGUCCUCCAACGGCCAGGGACAGAAGCACGAGGAUUCGGCCUCUUUCGAGGCCGCAAAACACCAGCAGAUGUAUCCCGUCACCGUCCAUCCGCCUAAUCAAUCGGCACCCCACCAGCCUCACAACAACAACAACAACAACAACAACCAAGCCGACCAGCAGAACCUCCCGAGCAUCAGUAACCUCAUCAACCCGCCCCAGCAUGACGGUGCCGCCAACAACGGCCAAUACCUAGCGCAACCGCAAGCCCCUCAACCCAAUCCAAGCCCCGGUACCGAUCCCUCGCGCCUCCAACAGCAGCAGCAGCAGUCGAUGUUACACGCUCCUCAACAGCAGCAAAGCAUGCAGCAGCAGCAACAGCAGCAGGCAGCUGCAGACGCGGUCCGACAGACCAAGGGGAAAUACACGCUGCAAGACUUUGAUAUUUUGCGGACGCUUGGAACGGGUAGCUUUGGAAGAGUGCACCUUGUGCAAUCCAAGCACAACCAGCGCUUCUAUGCCGUCAAGGUGUUGAAGAAGGCGCAGGUCGUCAAAAUGAAGCAGGUCGAACAUACCAACGACGAGAGGCGCAUGCUGGGCGAGGUCAAGCACCCAUUCUUGAUCACGUUAUGGGGUACGUUUCAGGAUUCCAAGAACCUGUACAUGGUGAUGGACUUUGUCGAAGGUGGUGAACUCUUCUCGCUGCUAAGGAAAUCGGGGGUAUGUGAAGUUCUAAAAGAAACCAUGUCAUCCAUGACUGAGCUAACGCGAUCUCUCAGCGAUUCCCGAACCCCGUUGCAAAAUUCUACGCCGCCGAAGUCACAUUAG